AUGGCGCGCUCGCUGCUUUCACUUGCCCUCGCGCUGCCCGCGGUCCGGGCGAUGAACAAUGGUCUCGCCAGGACACCGCAGAUGGGGUGGAACACAUGGAACCACUUUGGGUGCGGGAUCAACGAGGACACCAUCCUCAGUGCUGCGCAGGCCGUCGUCUCCAACAAUCUGACGGCGUUGGGUUAUGAAUACAUUCUUGUGGAUGAUUGCUGGCAAGCGGACGCUCGAGAUGCCAGUACUGGCGCGCCUGUCGCUGACCCAAGCAAGUUCCCCAACGGAAUCAAAGAUCUAGCCGACAAAGUGCACGAUAUGGGUCUCAAGUUCGGCAUCUACAGCAGUGCUGGAACCUCCACCUGCGGCGGACGCUUCGGCUCGCUCGGUUUCGAGGAGAUCGACGCGCAGACGUACGCGUCCUGGGGCGUCGACUACCUCAAGUACGACAACUGCUACAACGAAGGGCGCGCCGGGACGCCGCUCAUCUCGUACGAGCGGUACAACAACAUGUCACGCGCGCUGAACGCGACGGGCCGGCCCAUUCUGUACUCCAUGUGCAACUGGGGCGAAGACGGGCCGUGGAACUUCGCGGUCGACAUCGCGAACAGCUGGCGCAUUUCCGGCGACAUCUACGAUAACUACGACCGCUACGAUUCACGAUGCCCGUGCACGGACAUGCUCGAUUGCAAGCUCUCUGGCUUCCACUGCGCAAUGACCCGGAUUAUCGACUUUGCGGCGCCUCUCUUGCAGAAGGCAGGUCCUGGGAAGUGGAACGACCUCGACAUGCUCGAAAUCGGCAACGGCGGCAUGACGUUCGACGAAUACGUGACCCACUUCUCGAUGUGGGCUCUUGCGAAGAGCCCGCUCAUCCUCGGAAAUGACGUCACAAGCAUGGAUACCGACACGUUGUCGAUAAUCACCAACGACGCCAUCAUCGCAGUGAACCAGGACCCGAAUGGCUCCCCAGCUAGCCAGAUGUGGAUCCACGCCGUCGACGGAGGUGGCCAGCUCGAGCUGUGGUCCGGUAGCCUCGUCAACAACCAGUUUGUAUGGGCCGUCAUGAACACCUCGCCCUCGAACCAGACCGUCAAUGUAUCCCUGCUCGAUAUCUUCACCGAUCAGGGCGCGGCCUUCGGCUCCGGCACCUUCACCAUGUACGACCUCUGGCAGAAGGACGCAGACGGCGCGUGGGGCGCCAAAGUCGCCGACGUCUCCGGCAGCAUGUCCGUGGACGUCGUCACCCACGGCGUGCGCGUCUUCAAGGCCGUCCCUGUCUCGAGCUCGCGGAGGGCUGCAGGAGAGUUAUGA